AUGAUUGCGUACACAUUUGCUCUCGCUCUCUCCGUAUGCCUCCAUUUUUGUUAUCUAUCUGAAGACCUCUACGUUGCACCAUGCUACUAUUAUCCAAACCGAGCCGGGACCAUGGAGAAACCGUCUUUUAUGAUUGGCGUGGAUCUUAAGACAGGUGAACGACCGCCGGAGCAUUGGAUUAAAAGGAGUACUGCUCUCCUCAUGAACCUGGACACAUAG